GCGACAAUCGGCAUACAAUUCCAAGCGGCUCGAACGCCUCGAACUAGUCGAACUCGGUCGUCCGUCGAUAGAUAGAUCCGAGGGGGAGAACACGUCUCAGUUCGUUUCACCUCUAGGGAUAUUUCACGCAGCAUCAAAGCGAACGAAAGAGAAGGACUAGGAACCCGGAGAAGAGAGAAGGUCGAAAAACGUGAGAAGUCAGCGAAAGGGUAGACACUCUAGCCUCUUAUUUCCAACUUGCAGGAAGGAUGACGGGACAGAUGUACCGGGCGUUGUUCCUUAUAGCAAUAUUGAGAAGCGUAUGCGUUGGGCAGCAGGAGGGUUUGGACUGGCAGAGCAGCCUCAACGACAACAUCCAGUCGUUGAACCAACAAAUCCAGCGACAAGUGCAGGCGACGGUGCAGCAGAAUCUGGCGCAUGCACAUCGACAGAUCAGAAACCUGGCCGACAGAAUACGUAAUGGCUCGAUGUCGCACUCGGGCGGUGGCAGCAGUAGCAUCAUGACGAUCCGAAAUGGCAUGAAGGCCAUUCUAUCCGGCGUCACGUCCGGCGGCAGGACGGUCGUUCGCGAGAUCGAUGAAAGUAUGGUAGGCAAUACCCUUCGACACGUCGUCAAGAUUUACGAGCCGCCCGUCACCGCCACCACCAACACCAUAGUCUUUGGCUUCACCUUGGACCUCACGGAUGUUAAUGCUAAGCCUGUCCUGGUCAAUGAAGAACCGUAAACGACCAACCAGAACGCUGGAAGAGAAAAUGACCGAUAUUUCUAUCUUAUUCUCAUUUAACCUAUGUGUAUUUUAUUCGCAAUAAAGAAAAGUUUGUAAACAGA